UCUAUGCUUUCCAAUGCUUUCGAAUCCUAAUGAAAAUCUGCCUGCAACAAUAGUCGUUUGCGGGAAAAAUGACAGGAAUGAACGAUUUCCCGCGUAAUGCCAUGCUAUGAAUAUAAAUAUUGUUUAACAUUGUGAUAUUAUUGAAGGUACAAGUUGACUCUGUUUUGUGUCAGUACACUAUGAGCGUCGUACGUUCUCUUCUAAGGCGUCAAGAAGGCUUGAAAUCAUUUGGUGAUUACGACUUUGCUCUAUAUCGACUGAAGUGUUACCGAGAUGAUAUUUACUGUGGAAUUUCACCAAAUACUAAUGCUCCUGAUUACAAUCCUGAGCCACCCAUCUUCGUGUGUAGAUUUUCCAGUGUUCCUGGUCAGGAACACAUACUUGCGUUAGCCAAUGAAGAUGGAAAAGUUGCACUUCAAAACACCGCUGUUAACAGACAGAUGCAUUGCCCUUUGAAAGGAACUCAAGCACACUGUAACGCCAUAUUUGAUAUCACUUGGAUGCCAGGGGAAUCAAAACUAGUCACAGCUUCAGGAGAUCACACGGCAAGGUUAUGGGACGUUACCGGUUCUGCGAUAACAGAGAUAGGUCAUUUUCAUGGCCACACACGAAGCGUGAAAACAGCCGUGUUUCGUUAUGAAGAUAAAGCCGUCUUCGCGACAGGUGCUAGAGACGGUGCAAUUAUGAUAUGGGACAUCAGGGCUAAUCAUAACAAUCAACCUAAACCAGAUAAUACUAUCGCAAAUGCACACAGUGUGAGAUCAGCCAGAGGAUUGAAGCAGCGCAGAGGUCUAACUCAAUCUUCUCGAGCACAAAGUAUUACAGGCCUUGCAUUUCAAGAUGAUUUUACGCUUGUAUCUUGUGCUGCUGGAGAUGGUUUGAUAAAAGUAUGGGAUAUCAGAAAGAAUUACACAGCAUAUAAGAGAGAACCUGUAGCAAAACACACUAUAAGCUAUUGUGGUGGAAGUACAAGGAAUGGUUUCACAUCGCUACUGAUUUGUCCAGCAAGACUUAUUCUAUAUGCUAAUUGUAUGGAUAACAUUGUGUAUGCAUAUAAUAUAGCAUCGUAUAGUUCGAUACCAGUGGCAGAGUUCUAUGGACAUAAAAAUUCUACAUUUUAUGUAAAAACGUGUCUAAGUCCUGACGGUCGCUACCUUGCGAGUGGGUCGAGCGAUGAACAUGCCUACAUCUGGCGUACCGAUCGACCCGGUGGACCAAUGGUCAAACUAUAUGGACACACGGAAGAAGUAACUUGUAUCGCUUGGUGUAGUGUCGGAGAUGUCAAGAUCGUAACUUGUUCAGACGAUUCAUGUCACAUAAUCUGGAGAAUCGGGCCCGAAUAUAAAACCGACGAUGACUCAGAAGACCAAAUACAAGGUGCAGCAAAGGCUGUAUGGAUGCACGAUGCAGUUGCACAACAGCUAGGUCUAGAAACAACCCCAACGGUGUCUCAUCGCAGGAUUUAUCAAGAGCAUACACCAGACACCGACACAACUCCUGGUGGCACACCUAAUACGUCCAGCUCAGUGAUGGCAUUUAACUCCAAGUCCGAUAACACAAGUAGCUCCUCGAAAAGGAAUUACUCCCAGAUGAUGUUAGAUGAUUGUAGGAAAGUCAAGUCCGUUUUGUCUCCUAUUAAAGAAAAUCAAGAACAGAAAACUAAACGUCCUACCUUGGAGAACCGGGGAGCCCGACGAUUAUUCAGUGCAGUCACUGAUGGCAAAGUUGGGUCAUUUGGAAGUUACGAGUCCGACAGUCAAACUCCAAGUUCAUCAAGAGUAUUAACUUCCGAGCAGACGUCUUAUUCACCCACGUCGAAUUUGCCCAAUUUCGUCAUAGACGGCACGGCACCUCAUUUACUUGAAAUUUCACCUCGAAAGAGUAAAGAGAACAUUGACUGGUUGACAAAAAUGAGGAUGGAAAGGUAUGAGCAGAAAUCCGUCAGGUCGAUAGUAGAAAAAUCUACGAGUCCCAAAGUACACGUAACCCCAGUACGAAGGAUGACGAGGUCAAGAUCCAGGUCCAGUGAACCACGUAAAAUUGCGAAGAGCCCAUCCGUUUCGUUGCUUAAUUUUUUCAGGAUCUCUGAAAAGGACAACGAAAAAAAUCUGUGUCCAGGAAACACCAGUGCAAUCUCAUCCUAGAAGACGGUCAAUGUAUUAUAUAUAAUAAGUGAAAUUUGGGAACCUACGUACCUGGCUUACCAAUUCAGACGCGAUCCAGUAAAUAGUUAACUUUGAGAUAUAACGGGAAUUGGUAACGUUUAAGUUAAAUUAUUUUUUCUUUUUCGUUAAACUACGAAUACAAAAUAAGACGUAGAUAUAAAACUUUUGUUUUAUGCACGACUAAAAUCUAGAUUGCUUAUU